AACAUACGAGGGUUGCUAUUAUUCCGACGGACGUGCUGCAUGUCACUUUGGCAUUGUUGGCCAUUGUACUCCUCAUUGGUGUAUAUAUGAUCUGGGUUUACAUCCAUGCAUCGGAGGAUCCGUGGGAUUAUUUCGUUUUCCGUUCAAUGACGAUCAUCUGGUAUGAUGUGGGCGUUGUUGUUAUGUUGGUGCUGAUUAUUGCGUCUUAUUCCCGCCACCUUUCUACCAUUGAGGCGUGGGCACACAAUAUAUACGGCAUCGGGGUUGUCGUGUUGGUGAUGUACCUGAUUGUUAGUGUCGUCACAUCCACUUCCACUUCCACUUCCACUUCCACUUCCACUUCCACUUCCACAUCCACAUCUACCGUAGCAUCUCAUCCGGCUGAUACCGUCUCCACAACAGUGCCUGUUUGCGAGUAUUUGGAAGGGACAGAGCCUCCGGAGGAAUUUGAUGCAAUAACAGGAUGUUUAGGGGUAUGACAGCUUUCUGAAAUAUUAUCAUAGAUACUUUAUAUAGUAAAAGUCUUGAGGUGUAUAAAAAGUGAAGUCUGACUAAUUGCUUGAGGUGAAGUUUGACCGAUUGCUUGUGAAGCUGUAUUGAGUUUUGUUGAUGAAAGUUGAAACUUAGAAAAAGCUUAAUUCUGGAUUUGAGAUGAACAGGAUUUUUGUCUUUAUCCACCAACAUCCUUUUUGUAAUAGUAUAUAGAAUAAAUUGUAGAAAUCA